AUGAAUCCUUUGAAUCUGUUGCUAAUUUUCCUGCUGAUGUUGCUCCUCUUCUCACCUGUCGUCUUCGCGGAGGUGACCAGAGAAACCCCGGUGGAAGAAGGGCAGAGUAUCGCCAGAACCUCGUCAGGAGCAAAGCACGCUACCUCUGAAUGCCUAGAGGCAAAUCAACAGGUCUGGAAAUUCAACGGUACGACAAUCCCAAAGGCCCUAGACGUCACGAGGGGACAUAUCCUUUCCUCAGCCUUAGUCUCUUCACUGAAGGAAGCCCAUGGAAUGGAGGCGCUAUCCCAGGAAGGAAAAGAAAAACUGAAAUUGACUGGAGGCAAAACAAGCCCUGGGAUCGUUCCCAGUUCCUCAAACGCUCGCAGACGAGUACCCCUUCGGCAAGUCAAUGCGUCUUUGGUCGACUUACUGCUUCAUGUCGUGAAGAGGGAGAUGGAAGGAUGCAAUCUCUUGAUUGCUUAUGAUCAAGGAUAUAAGGACGUCUAUGAACUGAGGAGGCUUGCAGUUCUGCCUAAUAUCAAACAGAAUCUGCAGAAGACCCUGAAAUCCAUCCUGUGGACAUCUAAUCAGUGUCAGGGCUACAUCUUUUUGACAUUCACAACGCCUGCCUUACUCCUUUUCGCCAAUAAUGAUGUAGACUUGUGGAACUAUCAUGGAAGAUACAUAUUCGUCAGCUCAUCUACGGACAAUCUCGAGCAGUUAGUAGCUUCGCAGAAAGGGAAGAAGACUGAAAACAUAAUUGGUAUUGUCCAGUCCAGCAUUACUGGAGAGUGGGAGGUUUACACGAACAGACUCUUCUGGGGAAAAGGAAUCGAGAAAAUCACCACGUGGAAGAAUGGGAGGUUUUCUGUCGAAGCUGAACUCUACCCAGACAAGGUCUUCAAUUUGAAAGGAGCCCAACUGGUGGUAACUACCUUCAAAUGGGAGCCGGAAGUGAUGUACUAUUGGGAUGAGAAGGGAAACGUUCUGUUUUUCUAUGGAAUCGACAUCGAAGUGGUGAACACGCUGAAGAGUGCCAUAAACUUCACAGUCAAGUACCAGGAACCUCCAAAAGGUCAGAUGUGGGGUGAACAGUCAGAAAAUGGCUCCUGGACGGGGAUGAUGGGAAUGGUAAGCAGAGAUGAAACAGACAUGUGUUUCCCCCUUUAUGUGUCUGUAACUCGUCUGGGGAUCUUGGAUUAUACCACGCCUUAUAAAUUACAGAAGAGCUGUUUCCUUAUCAAGACGGAGCCUCCAUUGCCCAACUGGCAAGCCCUCGCAUUCCCCUUCAACCCCUGGACCUGGUUGUCGAUACUGAUCGGUUUCUUCGUCUCUGGAACGCUGCUCUACCUCUUUGCCCUUGGCUCAGGACUAUUAGUAGUUUUAGGUAGCAAAGACAAAAUUAGACCCAGGGCUAUUAACUACGUUAUGAACUGUACAAAGAUACAACAAGUGGGGAAGAAAUCCGAGCCUUGCGAACUCUCGUCAGCAGCUGGGACUUACAACCUGGCACUGCAUCUCAGUGAGCCACCAGUCGCCUUCCCAAAACAGUCUACAACUAUGAUCUACACCCUCUUCUUGUCGAUAUACUGCUUUAUCCUGUCCAUAGCUUACAGUACCAAUCUGACAGCUUUCUUGACAGUGAAAAAGGAUCCACCAAGAAUGGAAACCAUCCAGGACCUCCAUGAAUCUGGAAUGGGAGUCUCAGCUGCCAGUGCUUUUUAUAAGGACAUGUUCAUGGAAUCGCCUGACGCGAGCCUGCACGAGCUUGCCAAGAGAUACGAAGUUCUAGACAACCAGGAUGAAAUCUUCCAGAAGAUCCGGGACGGGCGAUCGACUUACCCUGAGAAUGAAGGCUACCUGGAGUUCAUCAUCCACACUAAGCUCACCAAGAGAGGCGUCCCACAAGCAAGAAUUCUUAGGGAAUGUUAUGCAUUGCACAGCGCAGCCAUGGCAUUGCAGAACUAUUCUCCUCUCAAGAAGAGGUUCGAUCAGGUCAUUGACGGAAUGAUCAGUGGUGGACUCAUCAGAAGGUUCUUGGUCAAGACUCUGCAGACUGCUUUGAAGACCAAGGAAUAUGGCAACAGCGGACAACCUGUUGAGGACGAGAACGAAGAGGCCAGCGACAAUUUGGUGCCUCUGAGUCUAGACCACAUGCAGGGCCUCUUCUUCAUCACAAUAGCUGGCUGGAUUUUGUCUGCCCUCGCCUUCGUCUACGAGAUACUGAUCUGAACGCCGUGACGAGUACCAUAAUUGAUUCACAUCAACCAUGCAUUUGAUGUCUAGGCCAGUCCCUUACGACGCUCAUGAUUGGCUGUUGAUAAGCCAAUGACUGGG